UUUCAGUUUACGGAAUCUACUAUCACAUACAUACGUUGCAGCUGCCUCAGAAGGUUAAACAAGCCUCUGUUUAAUCUUUAACAAUCACAUUACUGAAUUUCGAGGUUUGCAAAGACAAUGGCUUGUGCUAAGGAUGAUCGAUGUGAUGAGACCUCCAGUGAAGACUUGGACACAGAUUCUGGUGAAGAAAGUUGGGAAACCGACACAGAUUUGAGUGCAGCAGAAAACAAAGUCAGUUGGAGCAGCAGCAGUGACAAUGGCAAAGGACAUGAUGAUGGUGGUGAUGAUGAUGAUGAAGAUAAUGACAGUGAUGUUGACACUAGGAGACCCCAGAGAAGAACCAGAGAACCUUGCAAGUACUACAAUCAAGGGUCUUGCAGGGAUGGGAGAAAUUGUAAAUAUCCACACAUUUGCCAAUAUUUUUUUAAAGGGUAUUGCAAGUAUGGCACAAACUGCAAAUAUAGCCAUCACCAACAACAUAAGCCUGGAGGAACCAAGAACGGAUCACAAGAAUGGAAGAAGCCAGUUGGAAAACACUACCAAUGGCGACUUUGUAAAGGACAGCAGUGGUCAAACAUUGAAAACGACUGGAUCAUAGAGGCCCAGUACUCAAUGCCUGAAGUCAAAGGGAUGGAAAUUUAUAACACAAAAUAUGGAGCAGUCUGCAUUGAUUUUAUCAACAUGCGGGUUCGUGGGAAGACGUUAAAAGUCCAGCGGAAGACAUUUCCAAGUAAAGAUGGAGGUGAUGCAUGGUUAUGGUAUUUUCAUGCAGAUAGCAACUGGAAGCAAUAUGAUGCAAAGGACUCCAAAGGAAAGAGCAUAUCCAUCACAAGUGCAGCAAUUGAGAGAAAAUAUCAAGAAAAUAAACGUGGCUCAUAUCAAUUUACAAUUAGUCAAAAUUCUUACAAGAUUUCUUUUAGAGAAAUGGUUCAGAUCAACUUGCAAUCUGGCACAAAAAGAAAAGUCAGACGUCGCCCAGCUUUCACCCUGCCAAAGACUGAUGGCAAUGGCAUUUCUGAUAAUUUCCAAUUAUUAAACGUUUCUGGAAAGCAUAUCUGGCAAUUCAAAGGAAGUCAUGGAGACUGGCAUGAAUUCAAAAAAGGGACUAGAGAAAGCUGUUCUGUUUCCAGCGAUAAUAUUGAAGCCAGUUAUACGCAAAAUCCCCAGGGUUCCAUACAGUUUUCAGCUGGGUCAAAGCAGUUUCAACUGGACUUUUCAACUAUGACUCAGACCAAUCUGGCCACUAAGCGUACUCGGAAAGUACGGAGACUUUAAUCGAGUUUUCUGAAUUGUUUUCAUGGACUUUGAUGAAAGCUCUUGAACCAAAACUACUGCAAGUUUUGGAAGGAGCAAUACUGAUCAACAAAGAAAAACUGUCUUUGAAAAAGUACCCUCGGGUUCAAAUUCUUUGAACUUUUUAAUAAAAGGAUAUCUUUUAUCAGCUUCAGUAAAUCGGCCACGCUGGAGGGGAGGUCUGGAUUCCAUCUGCAAAUAGGUGCAUGCAUGUGAGUGGAGGAGGGGUUUAAGAUUCAAACCCUUACCCACACUUCAGCUUUCAUUUCCUCUUCUCUAGUUCACACCUGCUGCAAACUUACCUGAUGACUUGUUUUUGAUUCUCUUCAGUUUACCUUUGUCAGAAGGGGUAAUCUGGAAACAGAGUUUCUUCACUGUAGGCCAUCAGAUCAUGCUUUAUUUACAGAAGUGUUUACAUUGCAAACUCAUGUUUUUUUUUUUGUUUGUUUUUUUGCAGGCUUUAGAAAACAAGCCUUAAUCCAUUGCACUGGCUGACAAAAAAAAAAGAAAUGCAUGCUUUUCCACCUGCAACAUGAGUGACCAGGGUUCAAACUUGGCUCUGGGUUAGUGAGAAAUCUUACUGAGGAAAGAGGGGCUUAGUAUCAGUAGGACAGUUUUUACCUUUGGAAUACAGAGACUAUGUAUCAUAGGUUAAAAGGUGCUAAAAUGAAUCUUAAGUGCAAUGCAAAAGCUCACAACAGACAGAAGCUAUCUUUUGUCAUUGCAUUGCUUGCACUGCCAUACCUUAUGUCUUUAGUUUUGUAUAAAUGCAAAUAAGAUAUAACUAUGAAAAAUUUAUCAUAACUGAAUACAUAUACACAUGCACACACACACAUAUAUAUAUAUAUAUAUAUAUAUAUAUAUAUAUAUAUAUAUAUGAAAUUCACUGCCACUGUUAGAAUGAUAGUGUUUCAUAUUCAGUUGUUUAUAGCCUCACAGGGACAAUAGCAGUUUUUUAGUAGUAUUAAGUCAAAAAGCAAUUUGCAUUUUGAGAUUGCUUAGCUGCUGUAUGAUUAUUUGAUCCAUGGGAUUCAUUAACACCUAUCCUAAGUGUACAUCAUUCUGAGUGAACAGUAAACACAAGCAUAAGUCACACCUUCUUCCUCCUAAUUUUAGUUUUCCUAUGGAUUUUCUUGCAGCCUUAAAUAUAGGGGGAUUCAUAAAGGUUACCACAAAGUGUAGACUGCAUGUGCACUUAGUGUAAUCUUUCUGACUGACUAGAAUGCUGAAAACAUGUGGUAGGGAUGUUCUUGAAUACAGAUUGUGUACACUUAGUAUAGGCCUUAAUGAAUCUGUUGUUGUUUAACUGCAUAACCAUGCUAGAUGCAAAUGAGUUACAAGCUUUUUCUUUGUAAAUCCCAGAGUUAUUAUUUUACUGCACUCUCCUAGAAUUAAAAACAUGUCAAACAAGUUACCCUGUCAUGCUAAGCCACUGAACUGUAAUGUGUGUGUGUGUGUGUGUGUGUGUGUGUGUGUGUGUGUGUGUGUGUGUGUGUGUGUGUGCUCGCACUUGCAUGCUAGCAAAUCAGCAUUCCUGAACGAAGGAUAAACUGUCAACAGAUGAUUCAGUAAAUGUCACUCAAAAGAAAGUACCUACACAUAUUUCUGAAUUAACACAUUUUUAUUCAUUUACCAAAUAAAAAAUUUAGAAAAGUGAUAAAACAGAUGUAUUUGCAGAACACUCGUUAGUUUUACAUUGCACUUUGUAGCCUGAGAAGGCUGAUACCAGUCCAUUGUCUAUGUAGAGUAGAUGCUUAAGACUUUAUUUCCACAUGUUAAUUCAUCUACUCAGUUUUAUGGGGUGAAGAUGUGUUCUGCCUUCACUAAUGCAACAUUGUUAGUAUUUAAAAGGUCAGUUCUAUGAUUACAAUGGAGAUGCUAAAAUUCUAUAUUCCAAAGAGACAUUGGUGAUUGUAAUGGAAGUGGUGAAGUUGUGUAGUGUGGAGGGAGAGAGAUUACUGUGGCACACUGCCUUCAUGCCUGCUGUAAUUGUAGGUAGGAUCAGAAACAAUGCACUACCAGAAGGAAUUAACUGUUAUAAAUUGUAAUGCUCAUAUGAUUAUCUAAUUGAAGUGACUGCAGUUCACAGAUCAGGGACACUGACUAGCUGCUACUUCGAUCUAGGACUAUGUAAACAGCUGCCAUUUAUAGCCACAGCCAGCACUGUUGCCUGGUAAGCCAGUUCUGGGGAUGUAUGUGCCAAAGUGUUCCUUAUUGUUCUUUCAUCAAAAGAGCAGAGUAUCAUCCUGCACGAUAGAUCUAGUGCCUACACAACUGUUGUGGUAUUGUGUGGAUUACCAAUAAGCUAUGAUCUUCUCUUUGUACUGAGAUGUCCUAUUGUCAUACCACUAAUCUGAGAUAUCAGAGAACACAACCCUUUAUUAUCUGCAGGCUUAUUUGCUACAUACGUGUGUAUCAAGCAACAUUAGAUGAAUGCACAUUCAUCCAUCAGAAUGGCUUGCUAGACUUAGGAAAGGGCUAUACAAAAUGUAGAUGUAUGUCUAGUACAGAAAUGUAACUGUGUAUUAAAUUACCUACAUUUUGUGAUUUGAAAUAAAAUAGAUCCUCAAAUA